AGCGCUCCCCCGCCCCCAGCCUCACUUCCGUCGGGCCGGUGGCGGUUGCAACGAGCGAGCUCCGGGCAGCGCGGAGGCAGCGGUCGGAGCCGGAGAACAGACCGAUUUCUUUGCUUCCCUGCAGAAAAAGACUUGUGACAGGAAAGCAAAGGGAAAGCUGCAAGAGCAGUCACGUGCCCCUCCCCGGUAGAGCAGUGCUGCCCUAAGUUCUAUUUAUCUAGUAUAUUGAGGGACUCCUGAAAACCCUGUAAGAACAUGGACAAACUUGCAGUUGAAGGAUUAGUAAAAUAUCACAGAAAAAGAGACCAGUCUGGAACUUCCCAACCUUCUAAAAAGGCCACCCACUGCUUAGGUAUUGGACUGCUGCCAGACUGAAUUGGCCCUGUCAACACUGGUUCUCCACUUGCGAGAGACGAACUGCAAACCAGGGGCCAAAAUGACAGACUCCAAGUACUUCACCACCACAAAGAAAGGGGAGAUCUUUGAGUUGAAGGCAGAGUUGAACAGUGACAAGAAGGAGAAGAAGAAAGAGGCAGUGAAGAAGGUGAUCGCCUCCAUGACCGUUGGCAAAGAUGUCAGUGCACUCUUCCCAGAUGUGGUGAACUGUAUGCAGACCGAUAACCUAGAGCUGAAGAAGCUGGUCUACCUGUACCUGAUGAAUUAUGCCAAGAGCCAGCCAGACAUGGCUAUUAUGGCUGUCAACACCUUCGUAAAGGACUGUGAGGAUCCCAACCCUCUUAUCCGUGCUCUGGCUGUGCGCACAAUGGGCUGCAUCCGGGUAGAUAAGAUAACUGAGUAUCUCUGUGAGCCACUGAGGAAGUGUCUGAAGGACGAGGACCCUUAUGUGCGCAAGACAGCAGCAGUCUGCGUGGCAAAGCUUCAUGACAUCAAUGCCCAGCUUGUGGAGGACCAAGGUUUCCUGGACACAUUGAAGGACCUGAUCUCAGAUUCCAACCCUAUGGUGGUGGCUAAUGCGGUAGCAGCCCUUUCGGAAAUAGCAGAGUCUCACCCAAGCAGUAACCUGCUGGACCUGAACCCCCAGUCUAUUAACAAGCUGCUGACGGCCCUGAAUGAGUGCACAGAGUGGGGCCAGAUCUUCAUCCUGGACUGUCUGGCUAACUACAUGCCUAAAGAUGACCGGGAGGCCCAGAGCAUCUGUGAACGGGUGACGCCCCGGCUGUCCCAUGCCAACUCUGCCGUGGUCCUGUCAGCAGUGAAAGUGCUCAUGAAGUUCAUGGAGAUGCUGUCGAAGGACCUGGAUUAUUAUGGCACCCUGCUGAAGAAAUUGGCUCCUCCUCUGGUCACAUUGCUCUCGGCAGAGCCUGAGCUGCAGUACGUGGCGCUCCGCAACAUCAACCUCAUCGUGCAGAAGAGGCCUGAAAUCCUGAAGCAUGAGAUGAAAGUGUUUUUUGUGAAGUACAACGACCCCAUCUACGUUAAACUGGAGAAACUGGAUAUCAUGAUCCGCCUGGCUUCCCAGGCCAACAUUGCUCAGGUGCUUGCUGAACUGAAGGAGUAUGCAACAGAAGUGGAUGUGGACUUUGUGAGGAAGGCAGUCAGAGCCAUCGGCCGCUGUGCCAUCAAGGUUGAGCAAUCAGCAGAGCGCUGCGUCAGCACGCUGCUCGACCUCAUCCAGACCAAAGUCAAUUAUGUGGUGCAAGAAGCCAUUGUGGUCAUCAAAGACAUCUUCCGCAAGUACCCCAACAAGUACGAGAGUGUGAUUGCCACUCUGUGUGAGAAUCUGGACUCCCUUGACGAGCCUGAGGCCCGGGCUGCCAUGAUUUGGAUUGUGGGAGAAUACGCAGAGCGAAUUGACAACGCGGACGAGCUGCUGGAGAGCUUUCUGGAGGGCUUCCAUGAUGAGAGCACCCAGGUCCAGCUGCAGCUGCUGACUGCCAUUGUGAAGCUCUUCCUGAAGAAGCCCACUGAGACCCAGGAGCUGGUGCAGCAGGUGCUGAGCCUGGCUACUCAGGACUCUGAUAAUCCGGACCUGCGAGACCGUGGCUACAUCUACUGGCGUCUGCUCUCCACUGAUCCUGUAGCUGCCAAGGAAGUGGUGCUUGCGGAGAAGCCCCUCAUCUCCGAGGAGACGGACCUGAUUGAGCCGACCCUGCUGGAUGAGCUGAUCUGUUACAUUGGCACGCUGGCCUCUGUCUAUCAUAAGCCUCCCAGUGCCUUCGUGGAGGGGAGCAGAGGCAUUGUGCAUAAGAGCUUGCCUCCGCGGACAGGGUCGAGCGAAAGUGCAGAGAGCCCUGAUGCAGCCCCGUCAGGAGCCCCCCCUUCAGAACAACCAGCUGUCAUCCCAACUCAGGGUGACCUCCUUGGUGAUCUCCUGAACCUUGACCUGGGCCCCCCAGUGAGCGGACCUCCUGUUGCUACAUCCUCUGUGCAGAUGGGGGCUGUGGAUCUUCUUGGAGGUGGCUUGGACAGCUUGCUGAGAAGCGAUGUAGGAGGCAGUCCUGCAAUGGGUGGCACCGGCUUUACAGCUCCCAGCGCAGUGAUGCCUGCAAACCUCGGGCCACCCCCCAGUGGUGGCUUGGGAGACCUCUUUGAUCUGGCCGGUGGAGUGGGCACACUGUCAGGAUCCCACGUAGCACCCAAAACAGUUUGGCUCCCAGCCAUGAAGGCCAAGGGCCUGGAGAUUUCUGGCACAUUCAGCCGCCAGGUGGGCGCCAUCUCCAUGGAUCUCUUACUAACAAACAAGGCCUUGCAGGUCAUGUCUGACUUUGCCAUCCAGUUCAACCGUAACAGCUUCGGCUUGGCGCCAGCUGCUCCUCUUCAGAUCCAUGCCCCUCUUGCUCCUAACCAGACUGUGGAGAUCUCCCUCCCUCUGAACACAGUAGGCUCUGUCAUGAAGAUGGAUCCUCUCAACAACCUCCAGGUUGCAGUGAAGAACAACAUUGAUGUGUUCUACUUCAGCACCUUGUACCCCCUGCACAUCCUCUUUGUGGAAGAUGGGAAGAUGGAGCGGCAGAUGUUCCUGGCCACCUGGAAGGACAUUCCAAAUGAGAAUGAAGCCCAGUUCCAGAUCAAAGAUUGUCCUCUCAGUGCAGAUGCUGUUAGCAGCAAGCUUCAAGGCAGCAACAUCUUCACCGUAGCCAAGAGGAACGUAGAGGGACAAGACAUGCUGUACCAGUCUCUCAAACUGACCAAUGGGAUCUGGGUCCUGGCAGAGCUACGAAUCCAACCCGGCAGUCCCAGUUUCACGGAUUUGGAGCUGUCUCUGAAGUGCCGAGCGCCAGAAGUAUCCCACUAUGUUUACCAAGCAUAUGAAACCAUUCUGAAGAACUGAGGCACCCACCUCAUCCUCCUCUCUCUCCUCCCGCGUCCCAAAUGAGGAAAUGGAUACCAGAACCUGCGUGCAUGUUUCCUCUUGACCUUGGAAGGAACAAAUGCAAGAUCAAGAUAGUUUGGAAACUUCAAACUGGCGCCCUCCUGAUGCUGAAAAUGGUGUGAGCGGCAGUGCCUCGCAAUCCAUCUUCAGCUCUCUGGGGAUGGGGUGGAAGGAGAGCGGGGCAGGGGGAGGGAUCUUGUUGCAAUUCAAUGCAUCAGUGUAGAAUUCUUUCAUGUGAAGUAAUGCAGUGUCCUUUUUGCUGACGUUGCCCCCUUAAGAGCCCUGUUUUUUUUGCCCUUGUGCUCUUACUGAAAUUAAGAGCAUGCAUGAGAAUCUGGGUGGAAAGGCAGUGCCCAUUACAUCUCAUUACUAUCUUCAAAUCCAUUUCCCCCGACCUUCCCAGCCAAAUAAAUGAAUCAACACUUCGAUGUUUAAAUACGGCUUGUGCUGCAUCGCCAAGCCCAGCCCUAGGAAGACAGUGGUGAUGGGUCUCUUGCAUUUGGACGCAUGUGUUGUCUGGUGAAAAAUUCAUCACUAAUAACCCCUCUUCUGAUGGGAUAGCUAUGCUGAAGCACCACUUUUUCCUCCUCCUUUCAUGGUGACCUGCUACUUGGGGUGGAUUUGUUUCCAGUCCUGCUUGGAAAAAUCCAUAAGCUGCUUUGUGCUUUACAUGCCUCUGAGCCUCCCUUAUUUCUAGGAGUGCACAAUUAAAAGAGACUCUUUGCUGAAGCUUGGCACAAGGUCUCAGCCUACGGGGGGAUUGGGGGAAUUUUGGGGUUGGGGGAGGUGUAACAGGAGUUGGAAAUAAUUUGGGGCUCUUUGCCUCUGCAGAUCAAGUUGUUCUGUAACUUGCCGAAAGCUUUCUGUCUGCAGAGUGGACAGCUUCAAAGGCAGCUAGCUAAUGAUGAAUUGAUGCCUUGAGUAUUUUUUCAAGGUGGCAAAUCUCCAUUUAGAGCUCUCCUUCCCCCUUUGACAUUUAACUGACCAAGGCACUUGCUUUUCUUUGUUCUGCAGAUAACAAGCUCCAUUCCCCUGCCUCUGCAAGCCCUCAGGUUCUGUAAGGGAUAAUGCAGUUCCAGACCUGGAACAGAUAUCUCAGUAGGUAUCUCAAUAGAUUGCAUCUGUUCCUUUAAAAGGCUAGUUUGAGUUUACUCCCAAACACUGAGGUUCCCUUAAGUAGAGGGCUUGAUCUCUUCCUAGGCUAUAGGGGGUUAGCAGGAGUAAUCUGUCUUGGAAUAGAAUAGCCCAUUUUCUUGCGCUGCAAACCCUCCAUUCAGCAUGUAUUUCCUCAGUCUGGUUGGGAUUGUCAAAGAGCCUAGGGGACUAGGUACCAUUGGAAGUCACAGCCUGUACCCACAACUGCUAUGAAGAGGGCUGUUACCAUCUCUGGGGGACAUAAUGCACACUCAGAAUUAACAUAGGGAAGGACAAAGUACUCGUUUAGUAUUAGGGCCACAGUGACCCCAUAGGAGGUGGCUCUGAAAACUAAUAAGGGAUGUACCAAAUCAUAUGCCAAUAUUCAUUAUAGUCCUCCCAUCACCAUGGGAUGCUGAUUCUUGAAUUGAGCUUUCCAGGAAGGCGUUUCCUCGUGUAUGACUGGUUUGCUGACUGCCUGGAACACAUCAGGCUUCUGUUGCUGUCUCUGUGAGGCUCCCCCUCCAGUCUCUGUGCUGUUCCGAUUCCUUAACCACAACAGCAGAUGUGAUCAGCCAUCUGCACAAACCCCUCCCCAUCACUGUUCUCAGUAUAGGUUUUGAUGGGUCAAAGGAGUGGGUGGCAUCUGCAUUUUUUUUGUGCCCUUGGGGCUCAUAUAACUCUCCUGUGCUCAUCAGCUACAGCAAUCCCAGCAGAAGUGGGGCGUGGCUGUUUCUCGGCUGAGCAUUUAAGGCUUUUCCUAUUUGUUGCUGCUGUAGGGGGCAGGGGAUACGGCCUUUGGAAAUCAGUGACACUAAUCUUCUUUCCCCCUCCAGAAAUAAUAAUAAAAGCAAUUGACUGCCCUUAAAUAGAAGUGUUUGCAAGUUUUCAGAUCCCUACAGUAAAUAUAUCUAAUAUAUAUAAAUAUAAAUAUAUAUAUCUUGUAUGUUUACUUGUGUUUUAAAAGAAGUAACACUGAAUAAAGGUGACAUCUUCCCAUCAA